UGAUCGUCCUCCAGGACACGGAUUCUGGCACCGAUGUUGACGUUUCUGCGUUUACUGGGAGCUGUCCGGGCCCGUUUAACUGCAUGUACACACCUCUCUGACGUCACCGACUGCUACAUUGCGUCGAUGUGAUGAUGUCAUUUCCGGAUCAAGAUGUGCGCAGCGGAAAUACCACUCUCGAAUGUUGGUGUCAGGGAACUCUUCACCCACUGCAUUAUGGGCUGCAAGUCUAACUGAAACACAGCAGGGUUCAGGUGCAAUCCCAGUUUUUGAAAAGCUAAUUGGAUAUAUUCAAACACUCAGACCAGAGGAGGGCGACACACGAAACAUGGCGGAGCUCGAGAGCAAGGAAGCUACGGUUCUCAGCAACGAAUUUGCCGAGCAAGAGCAACCUCUUAGAACUACCCAAGCGCCUUCUGCAUCGGGACCCGCGGUACCUAUUCAUGUAACUAGGUUUGAAUUCGAGGACCAGACAGCUGUUUCUCAGGGCAUGGAGCGGGGGCAUUGGACCUGCAAUGCAGAGUUUAUCAUGGCCGCGUUGGCCGUCACCACAGAUUACUCCUACAUAUGGUGGUUCCCCUAUAUGUGUUACAGCCACGGCGGAGUUGUCUUCAUGAUCCUGUACGCCAUCUUUCUCCUUCUGAUCGGAGUCCCCAUCUUCUACAUGGAUCUAAGUCUGGGGCAGUUCUGCGGCAGAGGCCCAGCCCACAUCUGGAACUUCAGUCCACUCUUCAGAGGUGUAGGCGUGGGAAUGGUCGUCGUGAAUGCAGUGGUUCAUCCCAUGUAUGGCGUCAUCCCGUCAUGGGGGAUGUACUACCUCUUCCAGUCAGGGUCCAGCGUCCUGCCAUGGUCAACCUGCAGUAACUCCUGGAACACCCCAUCAUGCUUCGACGGUCAAACCCUUCCCUUAAAUUCGAGUGGAGACUCCUACAUACCUAGAAGACUGUUGUCUCCUGGACAAGAAUACUUUGAAAAUCGAGUCUUGCAAAUUUCCCCUGGAAUCGAAAGUCCCGGGGGACUUCAGUGGGAGCUGGUCGGGUGUAGGUUCGGCACCGUGGUUCUCAUAUUUGCUGCUUUGUUCUGGGGAGUUAAGGUUAUUGGAAAGGUGGUGCUCGUCACGGUGCCACUCAUCUUCGGCCUCCUUCUGACACUGUUUAUAAGAGGCAUGACGCUACCCGGAUCACUGGAAGGUGUAGGGUACCUCCUCUAUCCCUCCGCAGACCUUUUUUGGGACGUACAUACGUGGAGCUCUGCAUGCCUCAGUGCAAUGUAUACAACGGGGAUGACAACAGGCAUCAUCAGCACCCUGUCAAGCUACAAACCCUUCACCUCUACAGCACUGAGAGACUCCUUCAUAGUGUAUGGUGUAACUCUCGGCGUUGGGGUUGUUGCAAGUAUCGUGGUGUUUAGCUUCUUCGGGGCAUUGGCUGAGAAGAAAAACGUGGAGAUGAGCAACGUAGUUGACAGAGGUGUUCAGGCAGUGUUUGUAGCAAUGGCGGAAGUGGUUGGGAACCUUCCAGGAUCCAAUUUGUGGGGCUUUGCAUUAUUCUUCCUGGUUCUGUUGAUUGGGCUCAACAUACAGAUAAUUUUUGCAGAAGUUGUAAUAACGGCAGUGCUUGACUGUUUGCCACGGCGAUCUCGGCUCCUCAGACUCCUUAUCACCGCAUGCUUCUGUGGCGGGUCCUUCUUGUUCACACUUCCUUACCUUUCCAGGGGCGGAGUGUACUUUUUCUCUAUGGUCGAUGUCAGUGCUAUGAGGCUUUCUGUCUAUAUACUAGGUUUCCUACAGUUCCUGACAGUCGGAUGGAUAUAUGGCAUGGAUCAGUUUAGCAGAGACAUCAAGAUGAUGACUGGUCUACGACCUCCUGUCGUCUUCAAGUUCAUCUGGUGUUUCGUACUUCCUCUUGUUAUUCUGUUGCUGUUGCUUCUAUCCCUCUCUCAAGAACACGGACUAUUUUAUGGUAGCUACAGUUUCCCCGUGUGGGCUGAAGUGAUGGGCUGGUUCAUUUCCCUGGUACCGCUUGCGCCGAUUCCAGUGUUUGUUGUGGUCUCGUUCGUUCUUGUUAGAAAUCAGGCUCCUUUGAGUGCCAAGCCGGACUGGGGCCCAGCCGAUCCAGCCUACCGGGCGGAAUAUGACGCCCAGAAGUCCCGAUACAUGACGCUGUUAGGAAGAGUUAAGGCAGUGUUCACGACCUGACCAUGUAAUUGAUCUCUGAGACAUCUGUGCCUUUUUCAGUUUGGAUGUACCUAAUUUCUUUCACAACUUCAUCUGUUUCAAGGAUAAGAUUCAUAAUUAUGCAUGCAAGACAAGACAAUUUAUUCAGUAUAGAGGCCAGUGGCCCCAAAUACAGACAUAGAAGUUUCAUUUCACACGCACGCACGCACGCACGCACGCACGCACGCACGCACAGAGAGAGAGGUGUAUUAACUGGUUAAUAGGUAUAUUAAGUGGUAUUGAAGAUAUUUCUUAUUUUUCGCACAUUGAAAAGGUACAUACAGAUCACUGUGUAUUUUGAGUGUUCAUAAUAUUUAUGAAUAUGUUUACUGCACUGUCAUUUCUGAUGUAUUUACUUAUAUACUUUUUUUCUAAUAGAGGUAUAUGCAUGACAUACAAGUAAACCAUGAUCUCGUCUUCUAAGUACAUUUUGUCAUUUAGCCAACAAUGAGGACACAGUCUUCAAUGGUAUGGUAUAUCAGUGUAUCUUCCUGUUUCUGUCAUAAGUCUAGGGGCGGUCGGGUAGCCUAGUGGUUAAAGCGUUCGCUCGUCACGCCGAAGUCCCGGGUCCGAAUCCCGACAUGGGUACAAUGUGUGAAGCCCAUUUCUGGUGUCCCCCGCCGUGAUAUUGCUGGAAUAUUGCUAAAAGCGGUGUAAAACCAAACUCACUCACUCACUGUCAUAAGUCUAAAAUUGCCACAUCUAAAUCUUGUUAAACAAAUUCUCAAAUAUAAAGGCAUAUGCAAAAAUAGCAAUGCAUAUGUAUGUUUCCACAUGUAAAAGGGUCUUAUAUAACACAUAGUUAGCACAUUUAUGAGAAGAGUGUAGUGUAGACUACCAGUUUUGUUUAAAAUCAUCAAGAAGUCUUUUUUUAAAUAUGAUAAAAAUGUAAAUAUUCCCAACAUCCUAGGUAAUCCAUACAAAACCAAACUCAAAUUGAAAUAGAAUAUGUUUGAUAAGUGUAGCCCAUGUGAUUCUGCCAGCAUCACCAAGAGACUUUAACAUUAAAAAACAUUGAUGAGGUACCCUAUUUCUAUCAAGAUUGAUUCGUCUACACCAGAACUUAACUGCCAGUGACAUGUAAGUAAGCUGAAGUGGAGCUCUACCACAUUCUAUCAGUACUAUAUUAUUGCUUGUACUUUUACCAACUUUCAGGAAAUAUUUGCACAUUCCUAUCUGAACAUUUUCAGUAGUUUUACAAUAUGUUGUUUCCCAGAUUUCUGACCCAUAGCACAAUAUUGGUGUAACCAUUGCAUAAAAAAUCCUGAAAAGAUCAGAUCAAUUAUUAUUACCUACUCUACUUUUGAUACCUGUAUAAGGGCUUUAUUUGCUUGUCAUGCAAGGCAGAACUGUGCUUUAGUCCAAACUAGUCUGGGUGUAAAUACUAUACCUACAUAUCUAUAAAUGACACCACCUCAAGCUUCUGGCCGUGAAGAGACCAAUUCUCAUAGUGUCGCAGUGGGCCGCUGUUACGAAAUACGGUAACCUAAGUCUUUUUCACAUUUACUUUCAUACCAGUUAAUUCACGAAGAUAAUCCAAACCAAUCAUCUUUUUUUGUAUAUGUAAUGCAGUAUCAGCGACAUGAGAGCAAAUAGAUUAUAUAUUUUUUGAAGAGUUUCCCAUUUAUACCUCAUUGUAAGGCUUGACAGUAAUACGUCAUGUUUGACAGUAUCAAAGGCUUUUGCAAAAUCAAUAAACAAACAGCAGAAUUUCCCUUUCUUUUUGCAGGCGUAUUUCUUGAUCAUUGCAUAGAGUGAAACUAUGUGAUCAGCAGUGGAAUAAUUUGAUCUGAAUCCUGCUUGUGUCUCAUGAAUAAUAGUAUUUUGAUCACAACACUGUCGUAACCGAUUGUUUAAAAUAGAAGUAAUAUCUUACACACAGAGUCUAUCGGUGAUAUACCUCUGUAGUUGUUGGGGUCAGCCUUCACACCAGAUUUGAAGUUCGGACAAAUAAUGCUUCCCCCCCAGAUAUCAGGAAAACAUCCGUCUUGGAAUAUCUUAUUAACUAUUAACGUAAAGAGAGAAAUUGUGUAAGGUUUUGAUGCUUUAAAGAACUCAGUUGAGAUGCCAUCUGGUCCUUGAGAUUUAUUAUUUGCAAGAUUAUCAAAACAGUUAGAGACUUCCUGUUCAGUAAUAUAUUGGUUUAAUGAAGCUGUGUAUGGAUCGACUGUAUACAUGAUUUGGGUUGGUUCGCAUCACACGUAACCUCACCCAGAUCAACUUAGAUAAUUAUGCAUGCAACCAAAUACAAUCAGCAUACGUCGGACCAAUGGACAUUAUUUGUUACGUAAAUAAAAAUAUGCUGCAUUA